AUGGCGGACCACAUUAUAGGCACCAGCAGCCCGCUGUCACUGGCGUCCAGCCUGCACAUCCUCCACCUGUCGGUGCCCAAGUGGGUGCAGAAUGGCACUGAGGACUCCGUGGUUCUGGACUGUGUGUACAACGCGAACCGUGAAGACGCACUGGUGAUCAAGUGGUUCCUCAACGAUGAUCCGCAACCCAUCUACCAGUGGAUCCCCGAGCUGAACAAGCGGUUCGUGUCCAGUCGCCUAAAGGACCGCAUCAACCUGGACUACUCGCUCUCCAACGGGAACAGCUUCACCAAGUUUCGCGCGCUCAACCUGGUGCGGCCAACCACUGAGCUGAGCGGCCGAUACUCCUGCCACGUCAUGUCGCUCGCAGGACAAGACUCCGAGUCCAAGCUCAUGACCGUUUAUGCUCCUCCCAAGAGGUUUGACUUCACCUACCAGCGGGUGUCGGCGCACGUGACGAACCUGUCGUGUGAAGCGGACGGCGUGUUCCCACAGCCGACGCUGUUCCUCUACCAGAGCAGCGGCCGAGAUCCCGUGUCACGACCGGUGGCCUCGGCUCCUGCCAGGAUGGUGGCCCCUACCCCCGCCGAAGGCGCUGCCGGCUACCACGUGCGCCUGACGUACGCACUGGACAGCCGCGCGCUGGACGAGUCCGGCCACGUGGAGUACGUGUUCGAGUGCGUGCUUGCUAUCCCGGAGACCAACUAUAGGCAGCAGCGGCGGCUUGAGUUUGAACCCGGACGACUGGUUAGCUCGGCGAGCCGACUUCACACCGUGGACAUUUUGCUGAGGGUGCUUACAGGCGUGUUUGCACUGAUGGAUAUCGCAUAGCAACCGGCACACAAGCAGAAAUGACAUCGCUGGAAUCAAAACCAAAGAACCAAGUAGGACGACGGCGUGCAUUUCAAAAGGUCGACUGUAGAAUGACGUCCUUGCCCGGUGUGCCGUCACUAGAAAGAGAGCAGUGGUCGAAAAUUCGGCCACCGCGCCCACCAUGUCACCCGUCACGGACAUCCAUGUCCACAAGCAUCAGUGCCUCCUGUUUAAGCGUGCAGAUCGCGAGUGUGUGUUUGUCGGCGAUGCGCGAACUUCUACGCGCGUGCAUCUGCGUGUGUUUGCGUGUGUUUGUGUUAACGUGCUUGUGACUCGCUCUCUCCUCUGCAGCGACGUUGGACAGAAGCACACAUUGGAAAAGUCACAGCACAGUCCGCGUCACCAUCGGUUUACCCAACCUUCUAUUUCCAAGUAAUGCCGUUAUUAUUUUACUGAACAUGUCGCACUCUCACGAGACUCCAUGUGGCACUUCCUCAAGUUCUAGCACGUUGACUAUGACCUCUCUAACGGACUAUAUUUGCACGACGCCUGAGAGAUGUACAUUUGACUCAGCGAGCACAAUGCGCAGUCUUUUUUUUUGGCUAAUGUGGAAGAAGGCUUUAUUCACACAGAAAUCCUAGUCCCCGUCACGUCACCGUCAAGUCAAAAUACAUAAAGGAUAAAUGCACUUCAUACAAAACCCUGCAGUGUACGCACAGGCUGUGGAAAUGAAGACGUCGAGGACAGCAAGUGUUUGCUUCUAUGACUGCCUACAUCGAUUGCCAAAACACAUUGAUCAGAAUUCAACAUUGUAUUUGACGUACAAGCUUGUGAAAGUAGAUCUGUGUGAAACAGCAGAUCCGUAUAUAACUGAGAAUGUGCAAAUGGUGCAGAAUAUACUCAAGACGUCAGCUCUAAUUUUGUAAAAUCGCUAAAAUAAAAAGUGGAUUCUAUAUGCUAGGAUUUGUAAGGUGGGGCUCCAUAAUUGGCAGCCUGUUCUCGGAACGACUAGAAUAUCCUCUCCUGUGGCUCUAGACGGUGCCAUGACGUGGACGUAAUGGGACAUUUGGUGACCGUGCUGUAGAGUGUAAUACCAUUUUUAUUAGAAGGGCCGUUGGGGCUGUGAAACACAAAAAUAUUCAUGCUUAGUUGAAGAGUUUAAUGCCUACGCUAAGUGUAAUAGAAGAGUUGCAGGGUAGGAGCAACGUGAAAGUAUGAUAACUACUACAUACAGCACACAGAGAACCAAAGUUUUCGUGGUGUUAGUACUACACGUAGUUCAAAACUUAUCGAUAUUUUGCCCCGAAGAGCGCCUGUCGCAAGUACGAAAGUGUGCUAGUUUUUUUUUCGUUUUUGAUUUUCGCCUUUUUGGUAGUAACUGCCGGUUAGUAAUAAUUUUCUACAUAAAUUUCUGGUGCAGUUGCAGUGGAUGGAAGUACGAAGAGUAGAACUUACGGCUCGAUUUACUUACUUCUUUUAGUGUUCAGUCAAGUGUGGAUUAGCUUAAAGUGAACUAAAUUGCACAUACGCAUUCCUAAUGAUUUCUAUAGCGAACUAAGCACAUUUAUCACGCAGGGGCAAAUGCCAAAAAAAUGCUUCUUAGAACAAAACUGAAGGAAGAAGAAGCGUAGUCCAGAAAAUUACAAGCGCGUUCUUAUACAACCGUAUCGUCCAGUGUAGCGCAACCAUAGCAUUCUUUUUUCAAGACCAACGCGUUUCUGCUUUCAGAAAUACAACUUCGAAUGAAGUUCUAUGGGCAAACGUUUGUCAUUGUCCUAUUUCCCCAAAAAAGCUGUAUUUUGUAUGUUUCCGCAAGUUUAUAUGUAAAAGGUUCCUCCUAUGAGAUGUUAUAAAAGUUUGUUCCCACUGA